UCGGGCUGGCUCACAACAACAAGCCUCAAGAUGGCGGCGGCUGCCAGCUCCGACCAAACACUGCGCCGCCGCCGCCGCCGCCUCUUCCUCCACUUCGACAGGUCUGGGCGAAAUGUAACGGACCGCUGGUGAGAAAUGGACAUUGUGACAGAUUCUUCAGUACAGGCAGAGGAGCCUUAAGCUUCACCUCAAGAAAGGACAUCCAGGAACAAGAAAAAGAAACUUCAGGAGCUACAAGGGAGCUGAUCUCAGCUUUGUUGCUGAGACCCUUCCUUUCAAGGAUGUGGUUGUCGCUGGCACUGUGUGACAUCAUGGCAGGCUGGCUCCUCGGCUGCACACUCCUGCUGAUCGGACUGAACACAACAGUGAGCACCAAACCCGCCUGCAGGAUUCGCAUCACAUCCCAAGGACUGAGACUGAUUCGAUCUGAAGGACUGAAGUUUGUUGCUGAAGAGCUAGAAAAUAUCUCCAUCGCGGAUUUAUCUGGGAAGGAAGGGCCAUUCCACUAUUCUAUCAGUGGAGUGAAAAUCACUGACCUGGAUCUCUCGACUGCUUCUUUAAGCUUCUAUCCUGAAGCUGGGCUACAAUUCGAAGUGAAAAACUCGUCAAUCAGCGUCACUUUCCAGAGGAACAUGUUGUACUGGCUGAUUCAGGACGCCGGUCAGAUUAAUGCCUCUGCUGAAGGAGCUAGCAUCUGGACGGUGUUGGAUUUGUCCAAGAGCCAAUCUGGACAGCUGAAGAUAAGCAAGUUGUCCUGCACAGCUUCAAUCGCAAGAAUGUAUGCAAGGUUUACCGGAAACUUCAGGGGCUUUUAUGAAAUAUUCUCGGGGAUUCUAACAACUGGUUUGCGAUUCCUCAUAAACCAGCAGAUUUGCCCAGCUUUACAACAUUCAGCAUUGGUCCUGCUGAACUCUCUGCUGGAGACAGUUCCAGUACGAACACCAGUGGAUCAGUACGUCGGGAUUGAUUAUUCACUCCUCAAUGAUCCAGAUGUCAAAUCUGACUGGAUGGACAUGGAAUUCAAGGGGAUGUUCUACACUCUCGGGAAUGAGAACGAAACGUUGCUGAACAACGGGAUCAUCCCUCUUGUGAAGGGUAAUCAGCGAAUGGUGUACAUCUCUGUGUCCGAGUACUUCUUUGAUUCUGCCAUGUACUCCUAUUAUAAAGCUGGAGUAUUGAAGACAGAGAUUCCUGAGAACAAGAUGUCAAUGGACCUUGCUUAUUUGCUCAGGACUACAUUCUUUGGAGCAAUCAUUCUGCUGACCCCAACAUCAUCAGCUAGGGAAGCUCCUCUGCUGUUGGAUUUGGAAGUGACAUCUGCUCCACGCUGCACCAUCAAACCAUCAGGGAUCACAGUUACUGUCAAUGCCCUCAUGAAUGUUAUUCUGCUUCCACCUAACUCCAAACCAGUCACGCUGUCCAGUAUAAUCAUGGAAUCGAAACUGAAUGCAAAGGUGUCUCUAAAGGGGAAGAAGCUUGCAAUGAAAUUGGACCUCAAAAGAUUCAGGAUGUAUUCAUCGAAGUCCACUCUGGAGUCACUGGCGCUCAUUCCCCUUCAGACUCCAAUGAAGGCUCUUCUGCAAUUCACUGUCAUGCCAAUCAUCAAUGAGCGGAUUCUGGAAGGAGUGCAGAUUCCACUUCCAGAAGGGAUUGACCUCAUCAAUGAGACUGUGAAAAACCAUAUGGGUUUUCUGUCAAUUGGAGCAGAUUUACAUUUUUACAAAGGCCUGAGGGAGGUUAUUUAUAUGAAUAAGCAGCCACCCUUCCCUAACAACACAACUGUCAGCAACUAGGAACCAAGCUGUGAAGAAUGGAAACCUCCACACAGAGUAUGAAGACCCUCAGCAGUAUUAUCACUUAAUCAUUAUCCUUGAAUUUUAUUAACCUAACACUGGCUAUGUAGAUCUGCUCACUUUGUCUCAAUACGUCUUGGGGAUGAUUACCCUUUGCCUUGGGCAGAGUGUAGAGAUAAACUGUUCAAGCCUUUGUUGCACACUGGAGGAGAGAUUGGUAGUGCAAGUGUAAACAAUUGAUCAUUUAUUGUUAUUAUUUUCUAGUGGAGUUUAGUAGUAGUAAAUUGAUGGGCUGUUGUUACUUAACACGGUACCACCAGCUAAAAUCUUAACAUAACCUCAAAAUGCUGGACAUACCUUCAGCACACAAAGGUAAAAGGUCAAAAUUCAUGUCCAGGUGAGUGUAAGGCUCCAUUACAUCAUCAUAUAAAUGUAGUUACAGUAUUAGGGUGAUGUAGGCCAAACAUUGGCUACAUCUCCCAUUGAGUAUGUGACUUGUGUAACUCUCAGUGUUAAGUAGAUUGCAUAAAAAAUCACAUCCAAAGAGUCUACAGGAACACUCCCUAUGUAGAUAAUACAGGAGACCCACUCUUGGUGUCCCAUAUAUGCUCAUUGUAACCUUCAGUCUGCCUAUUCAAUGAUCCAAUCUCAUGUCAGAUACUUGAUAUUGCAGACAGCUAGGAAUUAGUCCAUUCAUUCCAUUAGAACAGUGGCCUCCUAAACAUAAGGUGUGUGUGAUUAGUGGAACUAGCUUCUGUUCUGUGGGCAGGAUAAUAUUACUCCUUUUACAAUCUUUGUUGGUGAAGACAUCAUUUGAUGAACAACUCUAUUGGGAGCUCAGCUCAUUCAUCUGCUCCUGAAAUCUCUCGGCCAGCUCACCUGCCUCUACAUAAUGAAUUUCUUUCUUUCAGAAGGCAGCCUUCUGUUUUGUGAAAUGAUGGUUUGUGCCUCAGUGAUGAUCUGUAUUAAACACCACCUGUGGUGUGGUUCUUGGUUAUGAAUAUAGCCCUUGAAAUUCCACAGGGAAUCCCAGUCUCCUGUCAUAACUCCAGGAAUCAGAGAAAGCCCUCUCCUGCUUAAUUUCAGGGCCAAUAUUUACCAACCUAUUGCAUGUACAAGCACACUUAGCCUUAGUCAGAAGAGGUUAUAAAUAACCUCUUUUGUUUAGAUGAAAUGUCUCCCUUGUUUAUUAUUUCUUCCUUUUUGGCCUUUUAUUUAUUUUGACAUCAUUUUUUUUAUAAUUUUGCACUCAUCAAAGUGAAGGAUAUUGACUUUCUACUUUGGGCACCAGAUGAGGGCAUUGAAUACCUCUACAAAAUCCCAGCCUGUGUACAUCAGCCCCAAGCUCAUGUGAAUUUUUUUUCCCACACCCUCAUCUGCCCUCUCUCACUGAGAUUGUCACCAUAGUGCUAGAUUAAGCACCAGAAGCAGGGGUGACCCUGCCUAAACUCAUUUCAUGUAGGACAUAACAGCUAGAAUACAGCAGACUUUCAUUGAACUUGGAUCCCAAAGACCAAAGGCCAGUAGGAAGCCACUUCAGCCUUUCCAUGACUGGGAGUGGCAUGUAAUGGUGACAAACUGAUGAGUUAAAUAUUCUAUGUAAUGGAUACUUAUAGCUGAAAUAUUCCAUAUUCUUAAUGGUGCUGGUGGUACCACACCAAUAGAUAAUCCCUGUAAUGUUUCUGGAUACAUUAUUCCAAAUACUAGUUGUAUGGAAAGCCAUUCUACAUGUAUUCAGUAUCGUAAUAACUCAUACAGUGUUUCAGUGUGUUUUAGUCACACAUAAUGCCAAAACUUGCUCCUGUAUAUUCAUAUAUUUCUCCUAAUGACCAAUUGUAUCACUUACAGUUUAAUAAAGAUAAUGACAAUGUCACUUUACUUGAAA